AUGUCUUCAGACAAAAAUGAUCAGACACAAAUUAACUUCAACUCAUAUUGGGAAUAUUGCUCUCGACCGACAAGUAAUCAAUCAGACGAUCAAUUAUUGUCUCAUGAUUCAGAUGUUGGUUCACAAUGGUACUCUGUGACAUUACCACACGUUCCUGCAUCCGAUCAGCAAUAUAAUUACUGGUAUCGAAAGCAUUUCGAUUGGAUCAUACCUGAUGAACGACACGAACAGCAGGUUUAUCUUUUCUUUGACUCGUGCGAUGACGAGGAACAGCAGUCGAAUGCACCGAAUAUAACCGGUAGUAUUUGGUUAAAUGAUAAAGAAAUUCUCUCGAGUUCGCCAUUACAAGACAAAUCAAUUGAAUUGACCAACCAUUUAGUACAAUCUUGCCAAUCGAGUGAGGAUGGUAAUAAGUCAAGCAAUGUCUUCCUUGUUCAUUCCAUUGGUACAAGGUUAACUCUCAAUGCUCGUCUCAUUGUGUUUGGCACAAUGAUUUGGACUUCGGCACAAUUGAAAACAGAAAGCAGAAGCGAUCAAGACGUUGAUGAAUCGAAUUCUGACGAAGAGAAUAAUAAUGUUGACUACACAGUUCGCGUCGAUGGUGCCGAUAGGCGUAUCAGCGUUGUAUUUUCAAGUCCUAACGAAGACUAUCAAUCCUCACUGCCGACUUUUAACCGAUUUCAUGUCGUCGAAGAGGAAGAACACUUAGAAAAUAUCCCAAUCGUACCUCGUCUUACAAUUGUUAUUCUAAUUGUUGGGACAAGAGGUGACGUUCAACCAUUUAUUGCUCUCGGUAAAGAACUUCUAGCCGUUGGUCAUCGUGUUCGAUUAGCUACACACGAAGUAUUUCGAUCUUUUGUUCGUGAAAAUGGUCUAGAAUUCUAUCCACUAGCUGGAAAUCCAGCUGAUCUAAUGUCAUUUAUGGUGAAGAAUGCAGGUAUUAUUCCUUCGAUGAGUAGUAUCGUGGCAGGAGAUGUUGGAAAACAUCGUCAUAUUCUUGCCGACAUUCUGAAAUCAACUUGGUUCGCGUGUACGGCUAACGAUGAUGAAACAUCGUUACCAUUUACUGCUGAAGCAAUCAUUGCUAAUCCACCAUCGUUCGGUCAUAUACAUUGUGCAGAAAAACUGCAAAUUCCUCUCCAUAUGAUGUUUACGAUGCCAUGGUCUCCUACCACUUCUUUUCCGCAUCCAUUCUGCAACAUCGAUAGUUCGAGAGGUCCAACAGGAAAAAUCAAUUUCCAUUCCUAUCAUGCUGUUGAGAUGCUCACAUGGUCCGGCAUGCGCGGUAUUAUCAACCAUUUCCGUAGGAAAGUUCUUGGACUCUCUUCAUUGCAUGCACAGGAAGCGACAAGUUUACUUGUUGCCGAAUCUGUGCCACAUACGUACUGCUGGUCGCCAGCACUUGUUUCGAAACCACCAGACUGGCAGUCACAUAUAAAUAUUUCCGGUUUUUUCUUUCUUGAUCUAUGCACUGCUUACACGAAUCCACCGCAAGAUCUACUCGAUUUUCUUGGCAUUGAUAAAGAUCGUCCUCAGGAUGAACCGAAAUUACCUGCACCAAUCUAUAUUGGCUUUGGUUCAAUUACCGGACAUGAUUCUCGACGCCUCCUUGACGUUGUUCUUGACGCUCUCGAACGAACCGGUCAUCGUGCCGUCCUAUCUGGUCUUGCUACAGAUGCCGAUCAAAUGCCUAAGAACGUUUUUAAAAUCGGAAGUGUUCCACACGAUUGGCUUUUUCAAUAUGUGUGGGCUGUUUGUCAUCAUGGUGGAGCAGGUACAACAGCAGCUGGUCUGCGUGCUGGUAAACCAACGAUUGUUGUACCGUUCUUUGGCGAUCAAUUCUUUUGGGGUAACGUUAUCGAGAAGAGUGGAGCUGGUCCUAGUCCUCUGCCUGGAAGAUCUAUCACAGCGUCGGCAUUAGCUGACGCGUUCGUGUUUGCGAGUCAACCUGCUGUACGGCAAUCAGUUGAACAUAUUCGUGAAUGUAUUUUGAAAGAAAACGGUUGUCAGGCAGCAGUUCGUUCAUUUCAUGCCAAUCUGCCGCAUGCUCUCCUGCGUAGCGAUCUCGAAUCAACGUUUGCCGCUUGUUAUAGAAUCAAUGGACUCAAUAUUCAAAUAUCACGUCCAGUUGCUCAUGUUCUUCUUUCGGCAAACGUUAUAGAUGCGUCACAACUUCAUUCGCAUCAUAUUUGCAGAUGGCGAGCAAAAAGUGAACGAAAAUCGCAGAAGCUUAGUGAUGAUUUUUCUGGCGAUAUCAAAAGAUCACACUCGCGAACAAUGACUGAUAACGAUAUCCAUCUAUCAUUAGUCAGUAGCAGCAGCGCUGGAACUCUUGGAUUAUAUAGUUAUAAUAAUACAGAAAGUUCAUCAUUUCAGCCAUCACUCUCGUCUCAGACAGUAAGUGAUACAUCCGACAGUGUAUAUUCAUUUGGCAAUAACGAAAGUGAGACGAAAAAGGAUCAGGAAUCUGAUGACAAUAAAUCGAGAACAAGUUUUUCAUCAGCUGUAUUGUCACUGUGUCAUAAGCGAAAAUCGAAUCUUCUCAAGUUUCUGAAACGAUCACGAUUUGGUCAUCAAGAAAGUGAUGAACUUCAUUUCACUGCUGAUGCUUUAAUUGCUACUACAAAAUGUGCAAUACAACCUGCAGUUUGUUCCAUUCCAAAAUCUCCAAACUGGUUUAGUACGAAUUCACCAGAGCAUACUUGCGUGAGCGCAUUAAUUCAGACGACUGAGACACAAUCUUGUCCUAAAGACAAAGAUUCGAAAUCACCCUCAGCCAUUAUCCAGGCUGCAGUAGCGAUAUCAGGUUUCGAGCCAAAAGCGUGUGAACAAAUCCUUCAAGAAUUCGACCAAAUGAAAACGAGACAACACCAGGUCUUGUCUCCUUCACCCGUAUUUAAAAGACAGUCAAAGCAUAAAUUUCAUUUUCGGCGACAACGCAGCCAUUCCACUUCUGAACUCGAACAAAACGAAGAAUGUUUUUGA